AUGCAACAACAACAAAUUCACAUUCUGAAAUUUAGCGAUUUCAACCAAAUACCUUCAUUAAAGGUACAACAGUCAACUACCUACUUCCCUCAAGGAUUAAACAAAAUUUUUCCUAAUUUGAAAGCUGUUGGAAUUCUUAAAUGUGGAUUUAAAUCAAUAACGCAAAGAGAUUUAGUUUGA